AUGGAUGGUGCGAUAGCACUGCGACAGCAAACCACGUCUGCUUCUGAUAGCCGACAUCGAGUAGGGUCUUUCUCGUCAUCAGGCUCCCAGGUAGUUGCAGAUAUUGAGGUUCGUCCCCCGCCGACCGUGCUUGAGUCAGUUGGCUAUCCAUCCGUCGCACAAACCAGGCCCCCGGAUCUAAAAAUCACCCUAUCAUCCAACAAAGAUAAAAAAUCUUCUAACCGGCGCCUAAUAAAACGCGGUUCUUCUCGUCCUACGUCUCCCCUAGUAUCACCACCACCUUCUGUUGAUUCACUACCUCUUCCGAUUCCUACGAACAAUGCGAAUAAAAUCCUCUAUUUAAUGAAGGCCUCGGCCGGUCGCAUGAAAGGCGAAAUCGAGUAUCAGGCCGAGAUGAACGGUCUCUGGCACUGUGGAACAGCCUGGAUCGACGAAGACAGAGGUAGUUUAUAUUGUGACUCCGGUCUCACUGGGCAGCUUCCUACUGCUUUAGUUACCGACCUUCGGGGGUGCCGGGUUGUACCUGUUGACGGUUUGGACAACAAAGGGACAUGCUUGGAAAUUCUAAACAAUAAGAUGGGCGUGGAACUCUUCUUACGACCUCUUUCACCCGCAGAUUUUGACUGGUGGCUUGCCAGUCUUCUUUGCUGGCAACAACUCCGCCCCAGUAUCGUGAGAUUUGCUAACGGCAGAAGUACGAGUUCACCCGGGUCCGCUCGACCGGAAAUGAAAAGGCGAGGAUCUCUGGCCGUAGGCGGCUCGUCCUCUAAGGAUGCGGCCAUCAUCAAGGUCGGCAAGGUGAUGCUGUGGGACAAAGGCACCGCUACGUCACCACGCGCAAUCGUGAAACGGUCAUCUACCCGAGAUCUCCGUUCAGGCUUGACAGCGUGGAGGAAGGUGUCUUGCAUCUUGCAAGAUAAUGGUGAAUUCAAACUGAUGACAGAGAAUGAUGUAGCGGUACUUUCGGUAAUUGAGCUACCACAGCUUUCUCGCUGUGCGAUACAACAACUAGACAGAUCUGUCUUAGACGAAGAAUAUUGCAUUGCGAUCUUCCCGACGUACGCAUCCACAGCCAAGCAGCUUUCGAUAUUCCGGCCUGUGUAUCUUGCUCUCGACUCUAGGGUCCUCUUUGAGGUCUGGUUUGUGCUCCUACGGGCAUUUGCCGUACCUGAUUUAUACGGUCUUGAAGCAUCUACAGACCAGGUAAUAGAAAUACAAGACUUCAUGAAUGAUUUUCAAGGGCAGCUAUUUCGCUUAGAGAAAACCAUACAAAUCAGAGUUACCGAAGCGAAAAUAAGAAAAGCAACCCCAGGUCCAGAGCAUCACGACCGCCAUUCUAAAGAGCGAGAUCCUUUGACCGGGAAUUACCUUGCCGAGGUGAUUUUAGAUGGCGAAAUUCGAUCCCGAACAACGACCCAGACCGACACAAAGAACCCGUUCUGGCGAGAGUUUGCCCAGUUUACUGAAUUACCCAGCACAUUACCGUAUUUAUCUAUUAUUCUAAAGCGACUUGAUGGAAAUCUGGAAAGUUUGAGUCAUCAGCUACAAGCGAGUUUAGGUGUGCCUAAGACGAUUGAUUUGACAGAAGUUAUAUGCGGAGCGGUGGAUAUACCCUUGGAAAAGUUGGAACGCGCAAAGGAUCAUGAGCAAUGGUUUCAAGUCUAUGAUGAGAAGCAAGAUAGUAUUGGGAGCAUGUUUGUCAAAGUUAAUCACGAUGAGCUGGUGGUCCUCGGAACGAAGGAUUAUGAGCCGUUAUCUGAACUUCUUCACAAGUUCAGCGUCGGGCUGACGAGUCAAAUUGCCCUAGCUAUACCCUCCGCCAUGCGACGGCUUGCAGAGCUACUCUUAAAUAUCUACCAAGUGUCAGGAACUACCAGCGAAUGGCUUAUGGCUCUUGUCGAAGAAGAGAUAGACGGGAUUGGAAGCCAGAACAAUAUGAAGAGGCUGCGCUUCAGCCGACGACUGAAGUCGACUGAUUCCGCAAACUCGGGCGACAGGGACAUGCUCGUCCGCGACAUGAAGACCUUAGCCGGCGAGGCCAAUCUACUUUUUCGUGGCAACUCUCUGCUCACUCAAGCUUUGGAAUUUCACAUGCGCCGGCUUGGAAAAGAAUUUUUAGAGGAGAUAUUGGCAGAAAAGAUCUUCGAAAUCAAUGAGUUGAAUCCGGAUUGCGAGGUAGAUCCGAGCAGAAUCCACCAUAGCGAUGAGUUGCAACAACACUGGACCCUCUUGGUACAACUGACGACGGAGGUGUGGGAGUGUAUAGCUGAUUCCGCAACGAAGCUACCGUUUGAACUCCGACAAAUCCUCAAGUACGUUCGAGCUGUCGCGGAAGAUCGCUACGGCGACUUUCUUCGUACCGUUACCUACACAAGCGUCUCGGGAUUCUUGUUCCUUCGGUUUAUCUGCCCAGCGAUCUUAAAUCCUAAACUCUUCGGACUCUUGCGGGACAAUCCAAGAGCUCAAGCCCAACGUACACUAACCCUUAUAGCGAAAGGGCUCCAGGCUCUAGCAAACUUAUCCACGUUCGGCAAGAAAGAAAGCUGGAUGGAGCCUAUGAACAAAUUUUUAGGCAUUCAUAGGCAACCUUUCAAAGAUUACAUAGACCAGACAUGUUCGAUACCGACUGAGCGUAACCUCUAUGCUGUCCCAGCUUCAUACUCGACUCCCAUCACAAUCCUCGGCCGCCUAUCUCCAAUAUCGAGGGAAGGAUUCCCCUCUCUACCAUACCUUAUCGAUCAUCCCAGGAAUUUCGCAGCCUUAGUCAAACUUUGGCUUGAAUCCAGCCAUAAAUCUGCACUUACCGAUCCUGCCGAUUUCGAUGCCGAGCUGGCGGAAUUCCAUAUAAUAUGCUUAGAUCUUCAAAGACGCUCUGACGAAUGCCUUGCUAGAGUCGAAGCACUUCGUGCGUCGGAGAAUGAAUCAGUGGACACGGACGAACUGGCAGAGGUUAUGGAAAGGACAUCCCUUUUGGAUGCAGUUAACGUGGCAUAUGGGAACCCUCCCCCUUGGUCCGAGAACGACUCUUACCGCCCCCCAGGUUCGUCUGGGAGCGAGCCAGAUGGUUGUGACCGUCAAGCAUUCCGGGCGCAUGCGAAAGAAGGCAAGGCUUUUCGUUACGGGUCCGAUAAUACAGAGAUGUCAAAUUCGGGUACCAUACGGGCGAAGCAUGGGAAGAAUCCUCGCAGCUUUCUACAUAGCCUAAUAAGCGGCAAGAGAGAUAAGGACAAAAAGAAGGACAAGGAGAGAGAAAAGGAGAGGGAGAGAGAAAGGGAAAAGGAGCUAGCCGGCUCAUCGACAGGACAGGAGAGAAAUAGAGAAAGGGAGGAGAAGACUGGUAGAGGCAUUCUAAGCAGCUUCUCGGAAUCCUGGCAGAGCGACAACAGCUCAAGGCACUAG